CUCAUCUCUUCGUCACAAUCAGCAAAGUGAACAGAACUGUGAUCUUCCAUUGAACUUAACCUGUUCAAGAGGCCCGCCAAAUCUUGGACGGGCAGUUCAAUUUCCAUUGAAAGUAAGAUGGAAAAAAGAGAAGCGAGAAAGGCAGAAGAUAUGGGAAGAAUCAAAUAUUGAUGAUGAGCAGAAUUCAGUGAAACUGAAUUUUUCGUGGGAAGAUCUGCCAAACUUGCACAGGCCUACGUACGAGACCAAUGAAGAACAGGAGACGCAGUGGACGGAUUGUCCUGAACACUUAGAUGGAAUGUAUGACAUGUUCAUCCAAACACAGCAGACGAGUAGCGUCAACGGCAGCAGCAGCAGCAGCAGCAGCAGCAGCAGUAACACCGUUCACCACAGCAAGAAGCGCAAGUUGGAGUACAACACUUGCCAACCGGUGAUCCAGCACGCAUUGGUCCAAUCGACCAGCGACUACCAAUUGGACAAUACCGGUCUGCAACAACGGUACUCCGUGAACGGUGCUAAUACCGCAUUUAGCUCGCUGCACAACAAUAAUGCGCUGCAGAAGAGUAGCCCGAACCAGCAGAUCGUGGUGCGAUCCUCGACGAUCAAGCUCUUAGACACGUACCAGCGCUGUGGCCAGAAGAGAAAAACUUGGUCGAGGGAGGGUAAUGGUGACGGCCUGGCAGUCCACUCCGCCAACGCGACGAAUGCGGUGGGUAGUACUGUAGUGUCGCAGCACCAUACCAAUCAACAGCAACAGCAGCUGCAGCAACAACAGCAGCAGCAACAGCACAACAAGCAGACAGGCAUGACGGCGCAUAGCAAGCAGGUGGCCAACGCGGCCAACGGAAACGGCGGUGGCAGCAAUCCUCAGGGCGACGGAGAUUAUCAUUUGGUGCAGCAUGAAGUCCUUUACUCCAUGACUAACCAAUAUGAAGUCCUCGAGUUUCUCGGCAGAGGUACCUUUGGGCAGGUCGUGAAAUGUUGGAAAAAAGGAACGAACGAAAUAGUAGCUAUCAAAAUUCUAAAGAACCAUCCAUCGUAUGCGCGCCAAGGUCAGAUUGAGGUCUCCAUCCUGUCUCGACUUAGUCAGGAAAAUGCGGAUGAGUUCAAUUUCGUGCGCGCCUACGAAUGUUUCCAGCACAAGUCGCAUACCUGCUUAGUAUUCGAAAUGCUAGAGCAGAACCUCUACGACUUCUUGAAGCAGAAUAAAUUUUCACCGCUACCUCUCAAAUACAUCAGGCCAAUUCUUCAACAAGUACUGACCGCCUUAUUAAAAUUAAAGCAAUUGGGAUUGAUACAUGCUGAUUUGAAACCGGAGAACAUUAUGUUGGUGGAUCCAAUGCGACAGCCUUAUCGAGUAAAGGUCAUCGAUUUCGGAUCUGCUUCACACGUGUCCAAAGCUGUCUGUAACACUUACCUCCAAUCGCGGUACUACCGCGCACCCGAGAUCAUACUGGGACUUCCGUAUUGUGAAGCGAUAGACAUGUGGUCGCUCGGCUGUGUGGUUGCGGAGUUGUUUUUGGGAUGGCCUCUGUAUCCGGGCAGUUCUGAAUACGAUCAAAUCCGAUAUAUAAGUCAAACACAGGGCCUACCGACGGAGCACAUGCUGAACAACGCUAGUAAAACGACCAAAUUCUUUUACCGAGACAUGGACAGUACAUAUCCAUUUUGGCGGUUAAAGACACCGGAAGAGCACGAGGCAGAGACUGGUAUCAAAUCCAAGGAAGCGAGGAAAUAUAUUUUUAAUUGUCUUGACGAUAUCGGUCAGGUUAACGUUCCGACUGACUUAGAUAGCGGUCAGCUCUUGCCAGAGAAAGCGGAUAGAAGAGAAUUCAUUGACCUUUUGAAGAGGAUGCUUACAAUGGACCAGGUAGAGCGCCGUAUAACACCAGGCGAGGCUCUCAACCACGUUUUUGUCAAUCUGAACCAUCUAAUCGAUUACGCGCAUUGUAACAACGUCAAAGCUUCCGUCCAGAUGAUGGAGAUUUGUAGGCGCGCGGGAGACUUCACCUCGAGUCCUGCACACCAUCAGGCUCCGCCGGCGCCUCAACCACCUCCACCAACGUCUUUAGUAGCCAAUUUUGUACCAACUACGAACGGCAGCGCGGUGACUCUUACCUUCAACAAUCAAUUAACUAAUCAAGUGCAACGAUUAGUCAGAGAGCACCGUACCGCGCAAACAGGAUAUGACAAUCUGUACCAAAUAUAUAGCAACAGUAGUCGACGGGCGACACAAUAUAGCAGUUCGUCUAGUGGGUCGACUAGUGGGCGAAGUGGCGUGCACGAUUUUCCGCAUCAACUGGUGCCCAGUAUAUUGUGUCCACCUCCUGGCUAUCAAACGAUGCCAAGUCCUGCGAAGCAUGUAGUUGUCGCUCAACCACCGCAAGCGCAACAGGCUCCUCUUCAGAUUCAACCGUCGAUUAUAUCGCAGCAAGCUGUGGCUGCGGCAGCUGCGGCCGCUCAACAGCAAUACGUUCCCGUUUCUAUGGUCGAAACUGGUCGGCAAAUGUUGCUCACCAAUGCUGUGCAGACAUCUUGGCCUGGUGGGAGCCGUCAGAUGACCGCAAUCGUACCAUCGUGGCAGCAAUUACCGCCGCAGCACGCAGCCAUUCAACAGCCGCUGCUCAGCGAUGCCGGAGAUUGGGGAAGGCCUCUCAUCGUCGAUAGUUCCGCUAUUUUGCAGGAUCAUCGGCCGGUGUUCCACGGAGUCACGGACGUUUAUAAUACUACUGCGCUCGUCGAACAUCCAUCGCAGAGUUGGGGCAAGCGUACCGUUCCCAAGCAUCAUCAGCAUCAUGUUACUGUGUCUCAGCAUAGACACGAACACAAGAAGGAGACGCAACAACUGAGUCCAGUGAAGAAGCGGGUGAAAGAGAGUACGCCGCCUAGCAGCAUGCGACGGCAUUCGCCGACAUCGAGUAGUCAUUGGCAGGAGCAGUCGGUGCAGUCCCAUCAUCACAGUAGCAAGCACAGCAGCAGUCACAAUGUGGAACAUCAACCAAUCGCAACUGUACGACAGCAAACAAUUACAAUCGAUGACUCGCCUUCGCCAGCUGUUUCCGUUAUCACGAUUAGCAGUGAUAGUGAAGACGAGGCGCCGGAGAAAUGCUGUGGAGACCGUCAGUGCAGCGCCUGUCAAAGCUUGGCAACUCGCCUGUCGGGCGACGGACGUCCUGUCCGUGAAGAAGUCAUACGAAGCACACAAUCGACGCCGCGUGUCGUACAGACGAUGCCGCAGUCAUCGCAUAGCAGCAGUCAGCAGCAUGCGAGUGGGAAUGCUACGACUCAUAGUAGCUCGUCGUCGCAUCGAUCGCAACGUAAAAAUGUCAUCAGCUAUGUCACCGUUGGCGACAGCGACGGCGAAGCUAGUCCGAGCCGUUCACAUGCUCAUCUGUACCAGCAUCUGCCGCAGCAUCCGCAACAUCCACAGGCUGCGCAGUUAAUCAAGCACGAGCCGCAACAGCAACAUCACGUUAGCAGCAGUAGCUCAGGAUACUCUCAGUCACAAAAGAAGCGGCUGUUAGCAAAGGUGCAGUCCGAAUGCAGUAUGAAUAUUGCGACGAAACCGGAGCCCGGCGUCGAGUAUCUUGCUCCACAUCCGUGUCACGCGCCAGCUUGCAAAGAGCAACCAACCUAUCAGGAUGAUGUCUAUGACAUACAUGACCACUUCUUGCAGUAUGUGACCACGAGUAGUGCGCAUCCCCAUCUCCAAGAACAACAUAUCGUGUAUACAACCGGCACGGACAAGCGAGUGUCUUGGCCUGGAAAACGGACGGAGUACAAGCAUGAGUAUGUUCAACCACCGGCUGCUCACUCCAGAGACCAUCAGAAGUGGGUGGUGACCAAUCCUGUGCAUCAAUAUAGGCAGAGCCAGGUAGUAGGUACGGCGGCUCAUCCGGGCCAUACCCACAGCCACCACGGGCAUCCGGCUCAUCUGAGUCCCGGCGGCAGCGGCGGCGGCAGGAGUCCCGCCGGCGGGCCCAUGAUAGGCAGUGCCCAGCAUUUGGGACAACCUCUCUACCAAGAGUACGCUCAUGUGCGCUCGAGGGCCCACGCGGUGCCGCCUCCUAUGUACGUUACCGCUGCGCCUUCGCAGGCUGCCACUGCUAUCCAGCAGCAACAGGUGCCCGCGUAUCAGGGAUUCACACCCGGCUCGUCUCCAUUAACGUUGUAUGAUUCUAGUCGAGCGUUGCCACCGCCAGCUCAUCACAGCUCGACCAGACCAUUACUGGCAGGUCACCCAGCACAUCCGUUGCCUGCGCAUAUGCAGCCUACAGCCGUUUAUGGAUUGGCCCCGCUUUCGCCAGCCAAACACCAAUACCAACCUCCCGGUUUAUGGUUCACCGAGUAGUUUAUUCCCAUUGAGCCGCGUAUAAGAGCCGUACGAGCUCUGUUUACUGACCAGGUGCGCAGGAAAAGUGCGUUAGCUUUUAUGUAUUGUACUUGAUCAGUAAGUAGAGCUGGGAGGGAGCGUCCAAACCGCUGCAAUUUGUGAAUAUGAUUGCUACGAUACUGCGAUACAUUUACAGGAAUUUACCGAAGAACCGAGCAAGUUCACCGAACGAAAAGCAGAGAGUAGAAGCGCGUUUAAAGAUGAAAAUUUUGACAAUCCGUCCUAUAUAUAAGCAGCGAUCACUCCCUUCCGACCGCUCUUGUAGAAAGCGAAACACGAGACCACAGUCAGUGUAGAUCUCUUUGUAUAUGUUUAUUACGUCUCUUAUGUGUCCGAAACAAUCGUCUCAUUGCGACAAUUUCAUAAGGAAAUCAAACGAAAGACUACACUUUGACACAGUUGUACGUAAGUGAUUUCUUAUGAAAUUUCAUUACAUUUUUUUUCCCUUUAAUUCUAAGGGAUAUAUAUCUCGGUAUAUAUAGCAUGCUGUAAAUUUCGUAAAUUUCCGGAGAUACUGAAGUUUUAUUAUGAAAGAAAUAGAGUUUAUAAGGACAUUGUACAGACCAAAAUUUUCUAUCGAAGUGCUCUGAUCUGUUUAAUGCAUAUAUGCAUGAUUCUUUUAUUGUGUAUUAUAUCAUGUAUAUACACAUAAAUAUGAACGUUACAUGGAACUUAAACAGAUCGGAAAACAUCAAUAUCGACGAUAGAGAUCUGCACAUCGUGGCAGUGCCGGUUCAUGGCACAUAGAAUUGUUAAGAAAUAUCAUUUAUACGCGAUUUGCGAUUUAGUUUGAAUGCGAAUGAAUUUGCAUUUCUUUGCGAUAUGUCGGCGUACAUUAUCGUUCGCGAUUAUCUCAUUUUUAAUGCUCCUUAACAAAAUCAUUUUAGCGAAUUAGAUUUUUUUUGAUGGCACAGUAUCGAUUAAUUUGUUCUCGCUGAUAGUUUUUCGAUAUUGUAAGAAUUUCGCUACGGAAUAUGCUACACGCUUUUAUGAUAUUUUAUUUAUAACGGGCACUCAAGAUUAAUGAGGAGCUACAUUAUUCUUUUGUAGUUUAUAAUAUGUUUCUCGAGUAUACGUUAACACAUUCAUACAGACACACAUGUACACUUACCUACACAUUAUUUAGUUGUAUCGUAUAUUCGGAACUACAAAAAGUUCUUCAAGUAGGAUUAUUCGGGUUGUCGUAA